CUCCCCUCUUAGACUCGUUUACGAAGGAGGCCUUCCGCUCGCGCCGGCCUCUCCAGCACCCCCUUUAGGCCCCGGCAUCCCUGCGGGCGCCCAGGCUUCACGCUAGACGUGGCCCGCGCCGGUUACCUGGCCGCGCGCUCCCGCUCCGCCUCACGACGCCCCCGACCGCACCUUGCCGCGGGCCCGCGCCAGCGCUGUGAGCGCACAAUUUAAACUAAGGCCCCGCCCCCUCGCUCCGCCCUCUGAUUGGCCCCUGCCGGCUGUUGUGGUGCGCGGGGCACGCUCGAGGACCCGGGAAAAGGAAGUUUGAGGGCCACUCGGAAGGGAAAGGGGGUGUCACUACUUCCGGACCCCGGCCUGGACUUGAGGGAGAAAGGGAACUACAAGUCCCAGCAGCCCCGCGGCCUUGGAGCCCCGCCCCUGACGAACUACAGGUCCCGGUAGGCAUCGCGGGCGCACUUAAGGAGCCUGCCAAGACGUGGUGACGAAAGUAGUUGCCAUGGAGUUGCCCUGAGUAACCCUCAGGUGGUGAGACGCCGAGACUGGAGAGAAAGCGACUGCGGGGGGUAUUUCCAUUUUAACAGGGAACAAUCCCUGAAGCCAAAGGAAUGAAUCCCUAAUGGUGGAAUUUCAGGCAUCAGUAACAGGCUGAACCAAGACUCCUAGGGCACAUGCUUGCACCUGAUAAAUGAUGGCCUGAACUAUGAGCAAACUGGACUACACGAACACUUCGGUGCAGGAGCCCCCUCUUGACUACUCCUUUAGAAGCAUCCAUAUCGUUCAAGAUCUGAUGAGUGAGGAGCCAAGGACAGGGCAACGACCACUGAAGCAUUCAAAGUCAGGGAAGUCACUGACCCAGUCCCUGUGGCUGAAUAACAAUGUCCUCAGUGAUCUGAAAGACUUCAAACAAGUGGCUUCACAGCUGCUGGAACACCCAGAGAAUCUGGCCUGGAUUGACCUGUCCUUCAAUGAUCUGACUUCCAUCGACCCUGUCCUAACAACUUUGCUCAACCUGAGUGUCCUCUACCUACAUGGCAACAGCAUCCAGCAGCUGGGGGAAGUGAAUAAGCUGGCUGUCCUCCCUCGGCUCCGGAGCCUGACACUCCAUGGGAACCCCAUGGAAGAAGAGAAGGGGUAUAGUACACCUUGGCUACCCCCCUCCUGCCCUGUGCUCCAGUCUUCCCUAAGCAGGAGCCUCCAGCCCAGGGUCCAGAUCAGGACCAUGUCCCCUGCCAUUGCGCUGGCCUUCCUGCCACUGGUGGUGACACUGCUGGUGCGGUACCGGCACUACUUCCGACUGCUAGUGCGCACAAUCUUGUUGCGGAGCCUCCGAGACUGCCUGUCAGGGCUGCGGAUUGAGGAGCGGGCCUUCAGCUAUGUGCUCACACACGCUCUGCCCGGUGACCCCAGUCACAUCCUCACCACCCUGGACCAGUGGAGCAGUCACUGCGAGUACCUGAGCCACAUGGGGCCUGUCAAAGGUCAGAUCCUGACGCGGCUGGUGGAGGAGAAGGCCCCUGCUUGUGUGCUGGAGCUGGGCACCUACUGUGGAUACUCUACCCUGCUUACUGCCCAGGCCCUGCCCCCUGGGGGUCGCCUUCUCACUGUGGAGCGGGACCCACGCACGGCUGCAGUGGCUGAAAAACUCAUACGCCUGGCUGGCUUCGAUGAGCGCACGGUGGAGCUCAUUGUGGGCAGCUCAGAGGAAGUGAUCCCACGCCUACGAACCCAGUACCAGCUGAGACGGGCAGACCUGGUGCUCCUGGCACACCGGCCUCGAUGUUACCUGCGGGACCUACAGCUGCUGGAGGCCCAUGCCCUACUGCCAGCUGGUGCCACUGUGUUGGCUGACCAUGUGCUCUUCCCUGGUGCACCCCGCUUCUUGCAGUAUGCCAAGAGCUGUGGCCGCUACCGCUGCCGCCUCCACCACACUGGCCUCCCAGACUUCCCUGGCAUCAAGGAUGGCAUAGCCCAGCUUACCUACGCUGGGCCAGGCUGA